AUGCCUGAUGAGUGCAGGGAUAAGCUGGUUGGCAUGGGAAUUAAUGUUAUACGCCGCGGUUCAAAGACGCCAGGGCAGGAGGCGGCCACGAAGAUAUGCGAACAGCUCUUCAAAGCCUAUGCACAGUGCCAACAGGAGAAAAGGAAUCAGAGAGAGAGAGAGGACGAAGAAGAAAACAUGAGGAUAAGAAACAACGAAGCGAAAAGACUCGAGCGAAGAUCCAGAGAGGACCGAUCAAGGGCUAAAGCAAGAGAGAACGAGGAUCUUGCGAGUCGCCUGGAAAGAGAACAAGAAGAUCAGCUAAGGCGACAGACGAGGGAACGAGAAGACCAAGCGAGGCGAUGUAAAAGAGAGCGAGAAGACCGUGUGAUUCUCCAGCAAAGAGAGGAAGAAGACUUGAAGAAUCUUGAAACGACACUAAAUCUUGGGCGGGAGAAGGACCUAAAGAGACGACGGCAAGAUCGGGAAGAAUAUGAACGUCUGAUUGUGAAUAAACGACUCAGAUUGGAAGAGCUCAGCGGACGUAUGGAAGGAGCAGCGAACAAUGCGUUUAGGGGGGUGCUGCCAAAGGCCAGAAUACCCAAGCAACCACCUGACGGAAACCCAGCGAAUAGGCCAAAACACCUACAUAAAGAGCAGGCUCGGAACGCAGACGCGGGCUCAUCUAUGAAAAGAGGAUGA